AGUAGAUUCCCAUUUUGUGGUACAGAAGUUGUGUAUUUUUUUAUAUAAAUCCAUGCAUCAGAUUUUUGCAUAUACUCCAUUCUUUGAUUCCCUUUGUUUUGAGGCAGUUCCUGCCUUCAGGGCAAGUUUCCUGCUCCAAUUCUUGAAGCAAGCACACAGAAUUUGCAGUUUCAGUGGGAAACAAUGUCUUGGAGAUUAGCAUAAAUUAACUAUAUGGUUUUAUUAUGGCUUAGUUUGUAUUCUGCAUCUUUUGAGUGGAAGAUAGUGAAUUCUUUGUAGUGAUGUAGCUUUUUAAUUUUUUUUAAAUAGAAUCUGUAUUUUUGAUCGUUGAUAAGAUUCCAACACUUUGAAGCAGAUUGUUUGAAAUGCAAAGAAUUAAAGCCAAAAUUAUCCAGGUGGCAAAGCUGGCAGCUGUUUCAUCUGGGCUGCCAUUUAUAUGUAUUACUGUAUAUGCAGCAACAGAAAAGGAAUCAAAAAGUCAGCUGGUGAAGCCAGACAAGCUCCCCAUUUACAGUGCUCCCCCGCUGACGUCCCGGUACAUCGAGGAGCAGCCGGGGCCCCUGCAGCAGCAGCUCACGGCUCUGCGGAGGACGACCGGCCACUACUUCGGCUGGUGCCAGAGUGUCUAUGUCUUUAUUAAAAAUGGAAUAAUGGAUUCGAUUCAGUUUGGAAAAGAUGCUUAUGUUUACCUGAACAACCCUCCCCCAGAAUUUCUUCCCAAAGCCGCUGUGAUUACAGUGUCAGGCCUGGCUGGUGCAGUGCUGGCAAGGAAAGGUUCUAGAUUUAAGAAAAUUGCUUAUCCAUUGGGACUUACUACUGUAGGAUAUGCUGUUUGUUACCCAGCUCAGUCAGUGGUCAUUGCUAAGGUAACAGGGAAAAAGUUGCGUUAUGCGAGUCACCAGACCUACGAGGCUGUGAGGUCACUGUGGGCAGACAAGGAAACUGUCACCAAGCUGCAGCAAGAGUCAAAACCAAUUAUGCAAGAAGAUAAGAAAAAGAAGGGAAUUUCUAGUACCAAACCUGAGUCUGCUGUUGAGUCAGGAUCAUUUAACAGAACUGAAUCUUUUCCAGUAAAGUGUCGGAGUAAUGAAGAUCCAGUGCCUUCAUCAGGAACAGUGAAGAAAUCAAAAUUUAAGCCUGAUCCAAAACUUGCAGACCAUGGUCAGUCCAGCCCAGAAGAUGUGGACAUGUACAGCACCAGGAGCUAAGCCAAGUCUGCUUUACAAAAUGCAAAAUGUUACAGAUAAGGGGGAGGGAAGAAGGGAAGGAAUAAUCUUUACAAUACACACUCUGUGAGGUAUAAUUUCAUCAGAUAUUUUCUUAUCUCCAAUUUGUAUUAUUGACUUACAUGAUUCUGUUUAGUGCUUAUUUUGUUCCUGACUCCAUAAAAGCAGUGGGAAUUCACUCAGUGUCAUUAGUGAGACACUGAGAAAACAAGAUUUGUGUCUUCUCCCAGUGGGACUUCUCUGUGCCAAACUUGCUAAUAAAUAUCACUUCACAAAGGAUAUUUGAAAAUGCAAACGUAUCUCUGCUUUGGCUCAGAUGUUCCUUGAUCUGAAUGAAGAAUGUGAGGGAUGGGGUUUGCAGAGGCUUCUUUGUCUUUUAUCUUUCAGCUCUGGAAUGAAGUGCAAGUUCCUGCUGGUCUGAGUAUCCUUAAAAUCUCCGUGGUUGUAUGAUGUGAACAGCAUUGGCUUUAAAGCUUGUGUAAAAGAGUCACUUUUUUCAUUGCAAAAUAAUUUGGUACUGUUUGCCUCUUUCACAAAGGUGCAUGGAAACAACUCCUUGUCCUGCACACCUCUGCUGUGUUCAGAUGUCUCUGAAGUUGGGCAAAACCACACAACCGAUCUCUAAACUUCCUUUCUAGACUAAGCAUCAGCUUUCACUUACUUCUAAUACUUGGAAUAACUGUGCUUGAAUUGCUUAAUCCAUGAAACUGAUAGUGAAUUUAUAUAAAAUCCAUUAGAAGUGUUUAGGAAGUUGGAAAUCUGUAGUUUCAAGGUUUAAACUGCUGACAGUAAAAGUGCAGAAGUAGUAGGCAGCCAACUUUUUCAUCCCACAAGUUUGUAUGCAAUAUCUCAUUGAUUUUGGUAGGAUUUCUGUGAAAUUCUGUGUUUUUCCUCGAGAAUGAUAUUAGAAAUUAAGUUUCCUAGGAUGAAGCUUUCAAACACUGCUUUUAUCAUGGUGCAUAUCCCUGUACUUCUGUUCAUCCUCCAUUUCUCUUCAUUCUGUUACCUUUUAAUUAAGGAAAAUACGGGCUUUGCUGUAAAAUUGAGGGGGAAGCUAGAGAUACCAGAUAGCGUGGAUGGAAGGCUAAAGCCUGAACUGCUGCUGUUCUCAGCACUGGGAUGUGAUGGGAUAUUUGCUCCUGCUCUCCAGAAGAAGAAAUUUCACAACCUGAUUUCUCUGCAAGGCUGCUGAUGCAAAGUCAAAUGACCAGUGAAAUACAGGCAGAAUUCCUGGUGUCCCUGUGGGAUCAGCAAAGUUGUGAGGAGAUGCUGCAGGAUGGAAUGUGCAGAAGGCACAAAUGGUGAAUGAGCAAAAGAAGAAAAGCUUUUAGGAUGGGUCAGAAACAAAUUGAUAUUUUAAAAUCCAAAUUUCGUGAAGUGCUGGUUUUUGUUACACAGAGUCCAGUGCAAGGUGAAGUCAGAAAAUGUGGAGUUUAAAAGAAGAAUUCUAUUAGUGAAAAUUGCCUGGGACAGCUGACAGGAUUGAAUGUCUUUUGUUUCUUUAAUCAUUUCUUAAAGGCCCAGGCAACUGUCAGAAUUCAGGCAGCAAUCAGAGGAUAUUAAAUCAAUCUUCAGAGAGCUCCUGGACAUGACACAUUUAGUGUUUCAUCACAGAGAGAAGAGUAGAAAACUUAGAUGGCUGGGCUUCAUAUACCAUUUCCAGGGAAACAGAUGAAGACAUAAGUGAAAAUUGUGAAGAAAUUAUCAUUUUCAAGUGCAUGACUGAAUGCCAGAAAUUGUAUUAUCUGUCUCCCUUUGAUAACAUUCUGGAUAAAAACAUGAAGGAAAAGCCAUCUGCUCUGCUCCUGGAUUGUUAAAUUCUAACUUUGAGUGAUGUGCUAGCACAGCAAGUCAACAGGAGAGGUAAGAUGAUGCAGAUUGCUUGGAUUUUGCAGGAGUUUACUGUGGUGAGAUUUUUCAGGCCAUAGUGAAAAACUGCCGAGGAAUUGGUCUGGUGGGAGCAGGGAGAGGAGCUGCAGGGCUGCUGUUGUGGAGCCAGCACAUCUGCCCUUCCCAGGAGAGCAGCCUUGGGACACUGCCUCUUCCCUGGUGCCAGAAACUGCCCUGCACUGCCCAGGUACUGAGGGCAUUUCCUUCAGGUCUGGUGCUGCAGGAGGGGCUGGCUGGGCUCAGAUGUCCCUUGGCCCUGUGGCUGGGCAGCCAGGAGCUCCAUGGCAGCCCCUGGUGCUGUGCAUGGCCCUGGUGCCCAAAGCUGUCCUGGGCUGCAUUUCAGGCUCUAUUGACUCCUUAGGGCAACACUGGGAUAGAACUAAACCUCAGAGUUAAACAUCAUAACAUAAAAUGAGUGUUCCUGCCCACUCUGAUGGACAGCAAGAGGAAGGAUGCACUUCUGUGCUCACAGAAAGGAGUCCCUGUGCUGUGUCAUGGUUUGGUAGGUGAGAGGAGUGAGCAGCACAGGAUUAUUCCAGCUCAGGGUUUGCCAGGGGGCUGCCCCAUCCCUGGAAGUGCUCAGGGCCAGGUUGGACAGGGCUUGGAGCAGCCUGGGAUAGUGCAAGGUGUCCCUGCCCAUGGCAGGAGUGGAAGAAAAUGGGCUCUAAGUCCCUUCCAACCCACACCAGUUGAUGGUGAUGCUACUGCUGAUGUUAUUGUCACUUUCUAAUUUAGUUUUUUCAUCAGCUGAGAUUUCUCUUUCUCCUCAAGGCAGGGUAAUUUUCUGUUUGUUUCAUUUGUAUCACCAAUUUUUGUUUACUAUCCCCACACAGUGGGGUUAAAAUUAGAAGGUUUUGGUUGUGAAACAGGGACAGCUAAAGAAAAAUCUUCCCUAACUGCAGCCAAAGAAAGUGGAGGAGAAAGAUGGCAAAUUUUGUAUUCUGGCUGGGUGUGUUCUCUGCUUUCAGUUCAGACAUCUGAACCUCCAGGGGUUAUUUAAUACUUUACUCUUGACUGCAAGGAGCUGUAGCCACAUGUCUGUAUUAGUAAUUUCUAGUAAAGGUGCUAUGCAAUGGCUUUAAAAAAGCAAACUCAGAUCUGGAUGAUGCCACUCUUGUGAGUCCUGGGUAACCACGUGCCUGACUUGGGCUCUUGAAGAUUUCAGACCCAACAGACAAAUCUGUUACACUGAAAAGUUAACAUAAAACAUGGGAAAAGUUUUAUUGUGAGACAUGGUUUUAUUAAUUUAUAGUGAAACACUUUGAAAUGCCUCUGAAAUGUAUCCUUAAGUGUCACUUAAGUUUGUUUCACAAUGCAAUAAUACAGUCACAUAAAAGUAAGAAUGUAUAUUGUAAUUUUUAUAUAAGUUAUAUAUUUGUGAAAAAAUCAACGUCUUAAAGAAUGGGGUCACAUGGUAUUUUAUAAUACAGGAAUAGCUUUAAUUUAAUGCAUGGGGUUUUUAUUUAUGGUUGAUUGUAUUCAAUAUAGAGAGAUUUGGAGCUUGUUGGUAUUAAUUUUUUAUUUACAUAAAACUGAUUGUGAUACUUUAUUUUGUCAUAUCGCUGUGAGGCACCUGGAAAUAAAGGGUGAUAAGAUACUUUUUAAAAACUAAGUUUAAUUUUUGUCUGUUGUUUUCAUCUGUAGGAAAAUUGUCAAUUCCUUCCCUUUCAAGUACUUUUUAAGAGUUCAUUUCUAAUGACUAAGUCACAUUUGUUUUAUUAAUGCUGGGGGAAAAACUUCACCCUGAAGUAUUGAAACACUCCUGGAACAAAUCCCUGAAGCAAUAGGACAGAUCAAUGCUCAGUGGCCUGAAUUUUGAGAAGUGCUUCCAUGUUCUUCUCUUGGUAUUUUUUCUAAAGAAUGGUGUAGUUCAGGACUUGGAAAAACUAAAGUUUUUAUCCAUGCUGGAGGAGUGACACUGUUCAAGAAGGAAGCAGGUGGUAAAUGUGUUUGUCUCAGUGUGACUGUGCCAGUCUUCUGGAUUAAGUAAUUUGCCAAGCACGGGUCAUAAAUUAUGUAAUCCAUGUGUAAAAUAAAGAGUGAAAUACUCAAA